AUCAUUUUGUUUUAGCAGCUCAUUUUGGCCACAUUGUAUUUUUUUUCGACUUUGUCAAUUUUUCAACAAUUUUUACAAUCAUCCUUGAAAAUGCAAUUCUCAACCAUUGUCAUUGUCGUAGCCAUUUUGGCUGUUGGCGUCGUUGAUGGCCAAUCUAGUUCGUUGUUUAAUCUACCGAUACCUGAAAUGCCAUCAUUCAAAAAUCAUUUUAACCCUGCACAAUCACGUAUGACUAAUGUUGGUGAUUGUAUGGCCAUUCCAUUGCCGAAUCCAUUAAAUUUGGACAUUUCCGUUUGUGGUCAUGCUGCUUCAUUCCUAUCCGAUGGUUGUAUUCGUAUUAAUCGACUACCAUAUGGUUAUUCAUUAUCGAUCUGCGCUGCUAAUGCUAAUGCUAAUAAUGGACGGCCACAACAAAAAUUACCACCGAAUUGUAUACCAUUCAAUAUUCCAAUGGGUUAUAAGGCCAUUAUUUGUCCACCAUGAUCAGCGUUUGAUCAUCAUAAAUUCUUCAUUUUUUUCUCAGCCAAAACUAUUGUAAAAUCAUGCUGACAUUUCAUUAUUUCUAAUGUAAACUUUUCGAUCAAUUUUUUUUAGCUAUCAUUUCAAUUUCAAU